AUGUGCCAAGCUGAUUUCACCUGGGCACCUCAGAUAGGAGCAGACGUCCGCCCUCUCCACCUGCACCAGAUGAACCCCAGCAGCCCCAAACUUCCAAAAACCAAUUGCCACUACCCUCAGCCCAUCUUCACAGGCCCAUCAUGGGAUCCCAACGAAGAGAAUAAAUCCACGAAAAACCCAGAACCCCUCUCGGACCCCUCUCUGCAGCAGACCCCAAGUUCCGAAACCGGUCCCUGCGGUGGGCUGGAAAAUUUCCCCAGCGCCAGCCUGAGGGCGGGAAGUAUAUGGCAAAAUGGCCCCCGAGCCCCCUUGGUGCCUGUCGAGGAAUUGGAGUACGAGAUGUUCGUCGGCGAAGGUGGAUUCGGCAGGGUGUUCAAGGCAAAGCAUAAGACGUGGGCGGAUGAAGUGGCGGUCAAGAUCGUGAACGCGGAGUCCAUAUCCGACGAGGUCAAAGCCAUGGUCAAUCUACGGAACAAGUUCGUGGUGAUGCUGCUGGGGGUCACCAACGAACUGCAGUGGGGCGGCAGGGCAGGACCUGCCCUGGUGACCCAGUACAUGGAGAACGGGUCCCUGGCUCAGCUACUGAAGCCAAACUGCCCGCGCCCCUGGCCGCUUCUCUGCCGCCUGCUUUGGGAGCUGGUGCGCGGCAUGUGUUACCUGCACAGCCUGAACCCGGUGCUUCUGCACAGGGACCUCAAGCCCUCCAACGUCCUGCUGGAUUCCGAUCUGCACGCCAAGGUGGCAGACUUCGGCCUGUCCACAUUUCAGGGAGGUUCCCAGUCAGGGGUAGCAGUUGGAAAAGCACGGGGUACCCUGGAGUACCUGGCCCCAGAACUGUUGGCUGAUGUGAAUCAAAGGGCCACCAGGGCCAGUGAUGUUUACAGCUUUGCCAUCCUGUUGUGGACCGUGCUCGCUGGAAGAGAAGUUGAGACUGUGUCGAACUUCUCACUGAUGGUGGAAACAGUUGGCAAGAGGGACAUCCGUCCCCCGCUGCCCGAGACCAGCUCUGAGAAGCCAGGCUUUGAAGAACUGAAGGAGUUAAUGCAGCGCUGUUGGAGCCCUGUCCCCAAGGACAGACCUUCCUUCCAGGAUUGCUGCCCCCAAACUGAUAAAGUCCUAAAGCUGGUGGUGACAGACAUGGAUGAUGCAGUGUCCAAGGUGAAGACGUACCUGUCUGAGAACAGAAGCAGUGAUGGGGUGUCACCUACCCCUGAGUCAAGCUUUGAAGGGACAGAACAGGAUGGUCUUAGAGGAACCACAGCAAGCAGUACCUGCAUUCCCUAUGAGCAGCUGAGCACUCUGAGAUUGACAGAGUCCCCGACCUCUGUUCCUGAAAGACCUACAAACCCAGCUGAGAGGAUGGAGACACAGAGGGAACCGAUUCAUCGUGUCCAGGCAGCAGGGGCAACUUCCAGUUCAUCAGCCCCAAUUCGGCCGCCCCAAACUGCAGAAACCUCAUCUUUCAGAAGGCCCAAUUCCAGCCCCAACUCGGCCAGGAACCCAAGAUUUGAAUCCUCAGGGAAUCAGGAGGCUGGGAAACAAAGCAGCCCCGAGCAUGGCUGGGCACAGGCACCAGGUUCAGCACCAGGCUAUGUUGUCAUACAAGGCUGCCAAUCGGUGCAGUUUGGAAACAACAACCAAAUGUACUCAUCCCCAGGAGCCCUGGGUUCGUCCUCGCAGGCCAGGAGGCCCCCAGUCAUCCAUUGGAAUCCUCGGUGGCCCCGUCCUCCCCGCCAGUAGCAGAAUUUGGGGAAUCUGCAGAUGA